AUGAUUAAUGAGGAGAUAAAUGUAUGUGGAGAUAUUAAUAAAAAAGAUAAUGAUAUAAAUAAUAAUAAUAGUAAUAAUAAUAAUGAUGAUAAUAAUAAUUUAUGUUUGAGUGAUUGUAAUGGAGAUAGAAGAAUAAUUAAGCUAGCUGAAGAAGAUAUUAAUCGUAUAGCUGCUGGUGAAGUUAUUAUUCGUCCAUGUAACGCUUUAAAAGAACUAGUAGAAAAUAGUCUAGAUGCAAAUUCUAGUUGUAUUAGUAUACAUUUAAAUAAAGGAGGAUUAAAAUCAUUACAAAUUAUAGAUGAUGGAGAUGGUAUACAUAAAGAGGAUUUAAAAAUAGUAUGUGAAAGAUUUACAACUAGUAAAAUUAGUAAUCAUAAAGAUAUAAGAAAUAUUAAAACAUUUGGUUUUAGAGGUGAAGCUUUAGCAUCUAUUUCUCAUGUAUCAUAUUUAAAUAUUAUAUCUAAAAAAAAAAAUUCUCCUUAUUGUUAUAGUUGUAAUUAUAAAGAUGGAAAACCUACUCAAAACGAGCCUACAGUUUGUUCAGGCAAAAAUGGUACCAUUAUAAGAUUUGAUGAUUUAUUUUAUAAUAUGCCAGCACGAUUAAAAACUAUGAAUCCUAAUGAUGAAUAUAAUAAAUGUUUAGAAGUAUUACAAAAAUAUGCAAUUCAUUAUCCUCAUGUUUCUUUUACAUGCAAAAAGUGGUUAAGUAACACUGUCGAUUUGAAUACUCAUAAGAUUGGAAAGGGUAUAGGUGGUUAUGGAGGUAUAUAUAUUAUAAAACAAAAAAGGAAGGAACUAUUUGAUGAAAAUAAUAUUAUUGAUAGGAAUUUAUUGUGUGAUAAUAUUAAAUGUAAUAAUAACAAUACUGAUAAUAAAACAAUUGAUAAUUCAUCCAAUGGUUUAGAACCCACCUCAUCAGUCACAUAUAACGAAUUUGAAAAAAAAAUUUUGGAAGAAGAAAAAUAUCUAGAUGAGAAUUAUGAAAAACAUCUAAAUAAUGUAAGAUGCGUUAUACAAAAGGUUUAUGGUAGAAAUAUUUCUAAAGAAUUAAGUACAAUAUUUUUAAAAGAAAAAAGUAUUCCUACGUUUUUCAAAUGUUAUGGUUUGAUAAGUAAUCCUACAUAUAAUGGAAAGAAAGGUUGUUAUAUAUUUUUUAUUAAUGAUCGUUUAAUAGAAUCUAAUAUAAUAAAAAAAAGUUGUGAAAAUCAAUAUUCGAAUUUUUUGGCUAAAGGGAAUUAUCCUUGGAUAUAUUUAUCUUUACGAUUAAAAUAUGAUAUAGUAGAUAUUAAUGUUCAUCCAACAAAAAAAGAAGUACAUUUUUUAUAUCAAGAAGAAAUAUCUAUGUUGAUAGGAAAAAAGAUACAUGAGUUUUUAAAAUCUUUUCAUAAUAUGAGAACUUUUAAUAUAUCUCAAGAGAAACUAUUACAAACCAAACUGGAUAUUAAUUCUAGCAUGUUACAAAUAAAAAAAGAAGAUAAAGAAUUAUCCAAAAGAACAGAUGAUAACUCAUUAAAUGAUAAUACUAAUAUAAUAAAAAGACAAAUUGAUACAAAGAGAGUGAGAACAGAUUUUAAACAAAUAACGUUGACCAAUUAUUUUGUAAAAAAAGAAAAUAUUACAAAUGAUCAACUUGAUAAUAAUAAUAAUAAUAAUAAUAAUAUAUCUAUUGAUAUGAUUUAUGAUAAUAAUAAUCAGAUAGAUUUAUAUAAAAAUAAUGAUGAAUAUAACAAGAUUAAUAGUAUGACUAAUAUUAAGGUAAAUCAUGAUAAUAAUAAAAAUAAUAUAUUAGAAGAAAAAGAAUAUGAAAUGUUAAAAUUAAAAGGUCCUAAUAGUAUUUUAUAUAAUACACAAGUAGAUAAACAUAUAAGUAAUAAAAUAUAUGAAAGAAAAUAUGCAUGUGAAGCUGAUGAAAUAUCUAGUAUAAAGAAAUUAAAAAUGAUUUGUGAAGAAAAAGAAAAAAAAGAAUUAACAGAAUGUUUAAAAAAUUCUAUAUAUGUAGGACCAGUUGAUAAUAUGCAUAGUUUAAUACAAUAUAAAGAAAAAUUAUUAUUAAUAAAAAUGCCACUUAUUAUAAAAGAAGUAACAUAUCAAUCUAUAUUAAAUAGAUUAGGUAAAAUACCACCUUUUCAAUUUGAACCUCCUAUACCUUUAUAUGAUUUAUUAUUAGUAGCUGUAAAUAAUUCUUAUUCUGGUUUCUAUGAAAAUCCAAAUUAUGCAAAUAAAAAUAUAGAAAUAGUAUGUAAUGAAUUAGAACAAAUAUUUUAUACAUAUAAUGAAAUGUAUUCAGAUUAUUUCUCUAUAAUUAUUGAAGAUGGAUGUAUUGUUACAUUUCCAGCAUGUUGUGGUGAAUAUUUUCCAGGACAAGAAUUUCUUCCUUUCUUAUUUUUAAGAUUAGCUACACAAAUAGAUUAUUCAAAAGAAAUUAAUUGUAUUAAUGGCAUAUGCUAUUUACUAGCUAAUUUCUAUUCUAAAAUUACUUUAAUGAAUGAUACAGAAUGGACUUAUCAAGAUGAUCUUCUUAUGAUAAAAGAAAAAGAAAAAGAAAUCCAAAUGUUAUUAAAUAAAACGAACAAAGAUAUUCUCAAUUCAAAUAAUCAUAAUCAAUAUUAUGAUCAAACACAUUUUGAUUAUAUUCUAGGAGAUGAAUCUGUAGUAGAUAUAAAUAAACAUUUAUCAGUGUCUAAAAAUAUUAAUCUAGUAUUUGAAAAAUAUUUUUUCCCUAUGAUACAAUUAAAUAAUAUUAUGAAAAUACCUAACACAUUUUCAAAUAAUGGAUAUAUAAUAGAAUUAACAUCUUUGAAUCAGCUCUACAAAAUUUUCGAGCGUUGUUAA